CGGCGCUAAUCGAUUUCAAAAGUUGAGUUUUCUUAAAGUCAAUACUGUGCGGCGGGCUUGCGUAGCAUUUUAUGGCCCAUUUUCCUGGAGGACAAGAACAACUUGGAAAAGGCGUAGAGUCAUGUUUUACGAGAACGCCACAUGGAAGAAACAGACAAGACAGGGGACCUCAUCUCCCAUCUCUAUGUCCCCAAAGAAACCACAGGAGUGGCUACAAGUGGUAGGACAUGCAGGUUGUUUCCAAGUUGGGGAAUAUGGAAAGCUACUGAAGAGAUUUUGUGAGGGGGAGCGACAAUGCUUCCAGAAGCUGAUGGAGGACACAUUGAAGCCUUUUGUGCCAGCCUACCAUGGUGUGGUGCAGCAAGAAGAGCAUGAUUACAACAUGAUGGACAACCUGCUGACUCAUUUCACCAAUCCUGCCAUCAUGGACUGUAAGAUGGGCAGUCGUACAUAUCUAGAAGAAGAGCUAGUGGUGGCACGGGAGCGGCCGAACCCUCGUAAGGAUAUGUAUGACAAGAUGGUGGCUGUGGACCCAGAGGCCCCCACAGCCCAGGAACAAGCACAGCAGGCAGUACUCAAAAGCAGAUACAUGCAAUGGAGGGAGACCCUAAGCUCCACAGCAACACUGGGCUUCCGCAUUGAGGGAGUCAGAAAGGCAAAUGGGGAGUGUCACACAAACUUCAAAAGGACAAGAAGCAGAGAGCAAGUGAUGGAAGCACUUAAAGACUUUGCAGAUUCCAACCCCCAAAUCAUGAGGGGCUACCUGUGGCGGCUAAAACAGUUGCGCUGGGUGUUGGAAACUUCAGACUUCUUCAGAACACAUGAGGUUGUUGGGAGUUCCUUGUUGUUUGUGCAUGAUGGAACAGGGAAAACAGGAGUGUGGAUGAUUGAUUUUGGAAAGACAGUGGCUUUACCCCCCUCAAUCACCUUGGACCACCGCACACCCUGGGUGGAGGGGAACCGAGAAGAUGGCUACCUAUGGGGUUUGGACAACCUUGUUGACAUAAUGUCUGACAUUCUGACCUUUAUCUGAACUUCACUCCAAAAAUGCCUUGGAAUUUUUGUAUACUUUAAACCCUCAAUCCUUUUAGCACUGUACAUUAUGCAGUUGGUUAUGGUUCCAGCUGGAUUGGCUCCUGAAUUUUAUGUUGCUGAAAUUUUGGACUUGAAUGUUUGAAGAUAAUGAAUCAGGCUGUUGUGAAAAAUAAAAGGGCUGUUUUAUUAACGAAGAAAAAGAAGAAUGCUUUCACUGAUAGUCAUUUUCUCUAAUGCUGUGACGUUGCCCUGCCCCAUUUUGUCAUACAAGGACAAAUACCUUUUUAAAUACGUGGAUUGUGUGGUUGAAAGUGGGUAUUACAUUGGAGUUAUAAAAUAUGCCUUUUGUCACAGUUGUUUUGUUUUAAAAUGGCAGAAAAUAAUUCCAGAAUGCUCAAUGGUAAAUUCUUGAAUCCAAGACCACCCCUUUAUACAUCCACUCUCAUCACUCAGACAUACACUUACCAACUUAUAUAUGUCUAUGCUUACACAUACCCCGUAGGCUUUCAACAUCAGCAAAUGGUGCUAAAACUAUGACGCAAAGAUACACAACAGUUGCCUUUUACUUUCAUUACUGUUUUAUUUGUUUAAUCUAGCAUCCUUUUUAUGUAGUUAAAUCCAUGUCUUUGAUCAUUCUAUGUUUUAUAAUCCAUUGCAUUUAUAGUCAAAUAUCUUCUUAUAUUUAAGUGAAUUUUGAAAUUGCUGCUAUUUGAACAAACUGUGCCACGAUGGCUUGAUAAUUUGGUUGAGAUUAUAGUUUGCACCAAUUAUGUGUUAAGGUUACAAUUGAUUUUCACAGUUGAGAGAGGGGGACCUAAUCCAGGCCCCAGGAAUAAAAAGGUGGGGGCUCCAACAAAUUAGUGAUUUCAUUUGGUUUCAUGCUUUGUUACCUUGGGAUCA